AGCAGUGAAAAUGAAACAGGGUAUGGGGAAGCACACAGCAGGACGGCAGCACUGGGGAUCUGGAAGGGGACAAGCACAGCAAGGACGUGAAGGUGGGACGCAGAACAAGGCUGAUAUGAGGGGACCGGGGGCCACAUGGCCUUAAGUCUGCCUUAGGAUGUGCGAAUGGCGGUAUGGAGGAAGGCGAGGGAGGAAACUGCAAAAAGGAGAAAGUGAGAGAGGAAUGAUCCGCCGGGGAGAGACCGGCAGGCAGCGCGAGGAGACGCCGGAGCACCGGGGGGAGCGAGGGCGGAGUGAGACGGGCCACGCGAAGACGAGGCGACGGAGAGGAGAAAGACAGGCCGGGAACAGCCGUAGGCGGAUCCAAGCCGCCAUUUUCCUCCCCUCCUUUCCACAGCUCCCGCUGCCCCCCGGGAAAGAGGGGCGAGGGUCCGCGCGCGGCCGAGAACACGGCCCCGGGUCCUGCGGGCAGGGCGGCAGCGAGGGGCCGCGGCUCAGCGCGGGCGGGAGGCAGGAAAAGCCGAACAAAAAGGAAGGAAGGGAAAAAAGGGUCUGGGGUCGUCUGCGGGCAGGGUCUGAUCGCGGCGCGGGGGAAACGGAGCCGGGCGGUUCCCUGACGCCAUUUUCUCCCUCCCUCUCUUCCUCCCUCAAAUCCUCUUCGCCCCCCAACAUGGCAGCGGCUCCUCCCCGCCCCAGGCCCACCGCACAGCGGGGCAUCCCCCCCGCGGGGCACAGCGGGCACUCAAGGAAAGGAGGAAGGCCGCACUGCACGGCUUUCCCCGCGCCUCUCCCGAGGCAGGCAGGCCGGCCAGCUAGGAAAUGCCGAGCCCCGGCAGCCGGCCUCGGGAGGAAGGGCAGGAGAAAAUGGCGGGGGCUCCAGAGGGGACCCCAAGACUCACGUCCUGCUCCGCGCGCUGCCCCGCUUCACCAGGAGAGGAGCGGAAGUGACGCACCGCGGAGCCCCCGCCCCCGCGCUGUGCCAUGUGAUGGGGAGGAGUGCUUAAAGGGCGCGCGUCCCUUUGUUACUCGUUCCCGCUUCCCUCGCGCUGUCGGUAGUGGUGCAGGCUGGGAAGCUCUGCUCCUGGUGAGCCGCGAGGACAGAGUUCAGAAUGGCUCCUAGUGCCUGAGUGGGCCCCUCAGCUACAUGACGGCCGCACUCAGUUCCUCGAGCUCGGGGGUGGGGGAGGAAGCGCAGCGGGGGCACGGCCGCUGUUUUGCAUGCCGAGACCGCAGGCCUGGCGACACCUGAGGCCGCUUCCUCCUUGCCCGCUUCCUCCUUCCCCCCUUUCUCCCUGCCCGGUUCCUCCUUGCCUGCUCUGCUGUCGCUCCAGGGCCGAGGGAGCGAGGUGGUAAUGCGGCUGAUGAGAAGUCCCCAUAACUUGUGCAGGACGACACGGUGAAAUAAAUCAACCAAAUGAAACGUUACCGUAAACACCCCUGACAGGGCAGCUCCCCGACCUUUGGUGCAGGUUCACCUCAGGGCGUGCUGCACCAGAAGUUCGGUGCUGAUGGCGACUGCAUGGGGAUUUGGAAAAGAGAGGAGGCUCAGUUGCUCUAAAGUGCUUCUCAGAGAAGCCAAAACAGCACCAGUUUUGGAGGAAGGGACUGAGGAGAAGGUAACGAGUGAGGGAAGGCUCCUGCCAGCCUUGCACUCAUGCCAUGGCUGUCCAACCUCUUGGCUUACCUGGGUCAUACUGAGUGAAGAGGGAUUGUCUUGGGCCACAUAUAAAAUAUAGUUCACAUAUGGUAGAAAAAAAAAAUGCACAUAGGAAAUGUGUAUUUUCUUCUUCUAAUUAAAACAUAAAGAGGGCAACAAAACCAGGUUUGGGAUGUUUGACCUUGGUUUGGUGGCCGUGGUUGCCAUUCUCAGUGAGCUCUCAAGGUGCUCGUCAUGAAAUUUUACUCUUCCUGGGCUUCACCCUUGAAAACAGUUGCUCACAAAUAUACGUACUGCCAAAAACUGAUGAUGUGAAUACGGGGCAGUGCAAAAGUAAGGGAUAUUUUUCUCGGGUAAGGGGGGUUGUAGGAAAGUCUGCUGAAGCGAAAGAAUUGGUUUUCCCUUGGAGUAGAAUGUCUGGUUGUAAUUUUGUAUUUCUUUGUGCCAAGACGAGGACACCUCAGAUGUUAGUUACUCUUACCUUCCCAAGAAUUACAGUUAAAAAUCACGGGGAUGCUGCGCACUAGGUGUUUCAUUUGCCAUAAGUAGAUGUUACCACCUUUAGAAGUUUCACUGAUCGGUUAUUUUAUAGCAAUGUUAUAUUUGCUGCCCUUUUCCCAGGUAGGAAGCAGAGGCUAGGUAAGAAAGUUCUGAAAUUAUGUCUAAUUUUGAAACAAAUACUUAUUUUUUCUUGCAUUUUCCUUUCAUCUGUGUUCUACAUUUCAUCAUAAAAUAUCUAACUGGUGUUACAUUCAUAAGGAAAAAAAAAAAGUGGGUGCUAAAUACAUAAUUUGGCAAAUUUACAAGUUCUGAGGAAAAGUGAAUAAAUGUAAGUAUAAUACACAUCUACUUAAUAAUUAAAUCAUAAAACUUACAAGUCUCUUUCAUAACAAAAAUAAAAAUAAAAAUAAAAAAGUGUCUUCACAGGUACUCACAUAGGUGGGCUGAGAUGUUAUUAUUGGCAGUCACUGCAUUUUACCCACCAGGUGCACAAGCACAUACAGCAUGUAACUCAUGGAUCUUGAUUCGACUGAGAGUUCGGGAUAAGCAUGGGUCAUGGAGCUGGCACUGCAUAGUGCACUCCUCUCUGCAGUGCUCUGUUGUCACCAAUGCAGCCCGCGCUCGAGCUGCACACAGUUGAUUCCUGGAAAAUAAUGCUAAAAAUCACACAAUAACAUUAUAAGUUUUAUGUUAGAAGUUUUGGGAUGCAUUGCUGUCUGUCCUGGGCUAUGUGCAGCUUGUGUGGGCUAUAGACUUGCCUGACAUAUACUGUUGGAACAUGAGUGUAUUUCUCAGGUAAAGCCGAUGUGGGUGCAGAGGUUGUGUGGGGGUGAUCAUCCUCCGUGGUUCCAAGAGCAGUUACCUCUUAAUACAAUGUUUAAAAUCGAAAGUACUGGGUCUAAAUUCUAUUUAUUUAGAUAAUUCUAAGUUUAUUCUAAAUAAAUUCCAAAAGUUUCUGUUCAUCAGACAGGGUCUGUAAGAUGAACAUGUAUUAUCAAGGAUAAUAUCCAAAGUCAGAAAAUGCUAAGCAGUCCUUCUAAGUACUCAGGAAAAAGUAGAUUGGGGGAUGAGGCCGCUGGAAGAGACUCAUGGGGUGUGCAUAGUUUUCACUAUGAGUUGGCAUAAAUAGGCUCUCAAUAUCAUUUUUGACUUUAUUAACAGAAAAGCAGGAAGUUAAUAUCAAAAAUUAGAGGUAAGCUCUUGUAACUAAUUCUUGUGUAUUCCCUUCUUCAUAAUGCUAUUUUAUAUCUUGGAAAAUAAAAAGUACACAGUUCUCCAUACAAACCUUAGGAAAAUAAAAUGUAUGCUCAAAUACAAUUGAAGCACAGUUAUGUCAUGUGUGUAAACAGGGCAAAUAUCAAAAUUGUCAAGCCAUUUAAUCUUGUAAGAUGAACAGAUGAUCCUUUAAUACUUAAUAGUAACAGUAAAGACAUUCAAGAUGAGAUGGACCCUGUGUAUAUAAUAUUUGUGUGAAAAAAAAUAUUCUCUGACUACGACACGGUCCCAAGGCCUGUACCAACUUUCAUAUUAGAAUAGAAAUAGCAGUUCAGGUCUUUGUAAUUCCCUUCUGCAUUGUAUUCUUACACCCAACCAACACGUGGUACACAAAGAAUGCAGAGGUUUUAGGAGCAUCACAUUCAAAUUAACAAUUCCACAUGCAUUUUUAAUCAACUCCCUCAGCACUGAAAUAAACAAAAAUGACUUAACGGGAAGAGAUUUUUUUUCAUCUGGAUCUUAAUGAGUUAAGAUCUUCUACCUCUAUCACUUCCUCUGAAGCUAGGACCAAGUUUAUUUUUACAGCUGAAUUCUCAAAUAAUAGCUUAGUGAUGGGGAUGGAGUGUUUGCUACGACUAGAGAUUUCAUGUUAUGCUCUUCUGUAAUUACAGGUUUCUUUGAGAAUUACUCUGGUGUUAAGUUCAGUGGUCAUUUGAGCUUUUUAGUAAAUUACCCUUUCUGUAUUUUAUUGUAUUAAAAAAGAAGAAGAGGAAGAAGAAGAAGAAGGGGAAAGAAGAUAAUAAGGAAAGAUGCUGACUUUUGAAAAGUAGGGGAAGAAUGUUAAUUUUUCCAAGGUAAAUUCCUCCUAUUACCUUAAAAGUGAGUCAUCUAUCCACCCAGUGAGCAUAGUUCCCUUUCAGAGCUCUUAAUUAUUUUUUUUUUUAAUCUCUUUCUUCCUUCAUCAGAUGCUUUCCUUUGGUAGCUGCCUUAAAAGGGCUUAAAUUCUUCUAGUGACUGUCUGAUUGCCUCAUUUCAUAUCACACAUUUCUUUGGCUGAAAAUAAUGUUGUAAGCACUAGCUUUUUCUUCAGAUAGGAUUUUUAGAAUGCAGAUUUGGAACAGGAAGGCUGAAAAAUAGAAGGUUAUACUUCUGAUCUCAUAGCAAUUAUUAACUGUGAUUGCACACUCCACUAGUUACAAACAAUAGAGUUCGUAAGAAACAAGUUUCAGGGAGGCAAAAGGAGGGGCUCUUUUAGUAUUAAGUACUAAAUAAUAUAAGAAGUAGGUGAAAUAAAUCAGAUGAGGAAGGUUAGCUUACAAUACAGACAUUUUUUAAAAUGUCAGGAGAGUAAAGGGAUUUGUUAGGCAAUUUGUUAUUUUUGCAUGUGUACUGUACAUAGUUCAUUUCCCAUGUAGGCUCAGUGUGCAUUAACACUUGAACAACUUUGUAUUGUGAUUCAGUGUUAAGACUUACUGCUGGAAAUUGGUAUUAUAAACACAGAUGACUUUCAUGUGUUAUUUAAGAAAUUAUUUAUUUUACUAUCAUGUACGUUAAUCUUGUCACUGUUCAGCUUCUAAACCCUGUCAUUAAAAGGUAACAUAUUUUUUUUACUUCAACCAUUAAAAAAAUGGUGGAAACAUCUGCUUUUUGUCUUCACUGCUUAAAAAAAAAUAGUUUCGUUUAAAAAAUAACUCGAUAAGGUGAUGAAUGUCUUACCUCUGUGUAGCUAUCCUAAAUAAUUUCCAGGUGAGAAUGGGACUCCUUAUGCCGAUACCAAAAACUCCUUUUAUCUUGGGCUUUUACAAGGAGAGCGCUAAAUAUCAGAUCAUCUUUUCAAGAAAUGGAAGUGCAGCUUUUGUUAGCACGUUCCUUACUCGCCGUAGGGAAAAGCUUUUAUCUUCUGCUACAUCUGCCCUGCCCUCUGGUGGUCACACCAGCCAGCUAAAGGCCUCGGUUUUGAAUGAACUUAAAGGCUGCCUCUAAGAAAUCUUACCUCAAUCCACUACCAACAACAACAGCAAAAAAGCACUUUGACCUAAAGCGCACAACAAAAGUUGGAAAUUCAUUGCUUUUCCUGUCUAACUGCCUGAGAAGACUGCAUGAAUUCUGGGAUAAGGAAACCUAUGGUUUUGCAAGAACAGCGGGGAUGUUAUGAAUAAAAGCAAUUUAUGGAAAACAAA